UGCGUUCAGUCUCAGUUCACGUGGCGUGCUCUCCGGUCGCCUCCGUCUAGCUCUCAGGGGCGGGCGCUCAAGUCACAGAAAUUCCGUCGGAGCUUUUGGAAUUGGAGAGAGAAGGAAAAAAGUUUUUUUUUGGUGGGGAAAGAAGUGUAAUUAGGCUUUGUUUCUCUCGUUGGAGUGUUAGUCGGGAUUUCUGCGCUCGAUCGUCGCUCGUUUCGAACAACAGACGCGGUUUUCCAUCAUGGUCAAACAGCUGCAAGUGCUCGUGUUGCUGUGCGCAUGCGCCGUCUCCUUCCAAGCCACCGUCGGGGAUGGAAGGAUCAGCCUCUAUACUGGGAGACCUAUUAACCAUUCGUCGAGACGAGGCUCCUGUUACGUCGACGGCAGAUAUUACCCGAGUGAGACGGCUAUUCCUCGCGACCACCCCUGCCAUUACUGCAUCUGUUAUCAGAGCCAGGUUACGUGUUACUGGAAGCAGUGCGCCGCCGCCCCGAAGGACUGCGCUAUCCUGCACUUCGAGAACACUUGUAACCCGUCUCUGUACAUGUGCAAGAUCCCGACGAAGGCGAAGUCGGCGCCAGAGAGAGAGUUCGGAGCGCGGCUGAACAAACUGCGCAGGCGUCGACUCAUUCGCGAAGCCACGCCCACUUCCUCCCUCCGCCUACCUGUCGACGAGCCUUUCCCGAUCCAGUUCGACGCCGACUUCGUUUCCCGAGUCGAGAGGUCGUUACGCGUGCGUCGAGCAGUCAACGGCUCCCACGACCACCAUCACGACCCGGACGACAAGUCUUGCAUGAUUCUGGGGGUCAAGUACAACCUUGGAGAGGUCAUAGGAGUUGCGUCAGACGUGUGCAUGGAGUGUCGCUGCGCCGCCGGGAGCAUGUACUGCUCUCCCAAGUGUUGCUUCCUCCCUUCGCCCUUCAGCCUGACCGCCCAGCACCACCAGGAGUUCUCCACGAGGCCCCAGGAAGCACCCGCGCCUCACCCGCUCUCCUACGUCAGGAACCAGUACACGGAGGGAACAUUUCUGUAGAAGGGGUGGUCGGUGAUUCGCCUCAUCUCUCUUGCCUGAGGUUUCCGCGCUGAAGGUUGGGGGCAGGGAAAAGGGAGGGGGGUUUGUGCAUGGG